AUGGCUUCGCCAAGCAAACGCCGAGAGAUGGACAUGAUGAAAUUGAUGAUGAGUGAUUACAAGGUGGAUACAAUCAACGACGAUGUGCAUAUGUUCUAUGUCACUUUCCAUGGCCCCACUGACAGUCUUUAUGAAGGAGGUGUAUGGAAGAUCAAAGUGGAACUUCCUGAUGCUUAUCCUUACAAAUCUCCUUCUGUUGGUUUUGUCAACAAGAUUUAUCACCCCAAUGUUGAUGAGUCUUCCGGCGCAGUUUGCUUAGAUGUAAUAAACCAGACAUGGAGCCCAAUGUUUGAUCUUAUCAAUGUGUUCGAGUCAUUCCUUCCCCAACUGCUUCUAUAUCCAAACCCAUCUGAUCCUUUCAAUGGUGAAGCUGCCUCUCUCUUGAUGCGAGACCGUCCUGCCUACGACCUCAAAGUCAAAGAAUAUUGCAAGAGAUAUGCUAAACCAGAGGACAUAGGAGCACCCGAGGAGAUCUCAAGUGAUGACGAUGAUGAUGAUAGCAUGAGUGAACGUGGUUCAGACUCUGUUGAUGACAACGAUGAAAUUGCUGGAAAAGCUGAUCCUUGA